AUGGAGUUCGCCAGAAACGCAACACAAAGACUCAUCGAUGGGCUUGCAUCGUUUGAGAAGAUGGCAAAGGACGGCGAUGGAUCGAAGCAGCAGCAGCAGCAGCAGCAGCAGCAGCAGCGGAAGCAGCAGCAGCAGCGGCGGCUGCAGCAGAGUGGGAGAAAGCUAGGAGAUGGGCGGGGGCGCAGCGGGGGUGCAGCAGCAGCAGCAGCAGCAGCAGCAGCAGCAGCAGGUGCUGCUCUCUCCUGCAACAAACCCUUGCUUCUCGUUCAACUCGAACUCAGCCGCUCCGGUGUAUCUUUGUCCCCUCAAAAGUAA